AUGGUCUGUCUUAAGUCUGACAGUCUUGUCAUAGCUGCAAAUUAUGACUCCGAGAAGGUUUUGAUGGCAAUUUUGCCAUACCGCGGUCGUUCAAAGCCGUUUGUGAUCUACUCUGAGUUUCUCGAGGUAACAUUAACUCGAGCGUUUUCUACACUUCAAAAACUGGAGGCAAUAAUUGAUUUGCAAUUGAAUGAAACGUGGACUCGAGAGAAUCAGGUGCUACCUGGUCGCACUCAUCCAGAGAUGAGCAUGAGUGCUU